CACUCGUCGUGCCGUGUGUGUUUUUAAGUUCCUGGUUUUUAAUUCAUGAUUUUUUGGUAAUUUAUUAUCAUUUUCGAAAGGACAAAAAAGCAGCCAGUAACUAACUGAUCAAGUGUCUCCAUAGCUGCGAGUGACCUAGCCGAGUGCAUCAACGUUCCAGACACACAGCAGCCAAAACUGCCAACAUGAGCAUACCCAACGAAUACAUUGCGAAAACAGAAGAUGUGGCGGAACAGGUUAUCAAGCGCGGCAAGAAUGUGCUACCCACGGUGGCGCGGCUCUGCCUCAUCGCUACCUUCUUCGAGGAUGGCCUGCGCAUGUACUUCCAGUGGAACGAACAGCGCGAGUACAUGGACAUGAGCUGGGGCUGUGGCAAGUUCCUGGCCACCGUCUUCGUGCUGGUCAAUCUGCUCGGACAACUGGGAGGCUGCGGCAUGGUAAUGGCUAGAUUCAAGGUUGACAUCGCCGUCGGUCUGCUCUUCUUCAUUGUGGUGCUACAGACAAUAGCCUACUCCAUUCUGUGGGACUUCCAGUUCUUGCUGCGUAACUUUGCCUUGAUUGGAGCCCUACUGUUGGUUCUGGCCGAGGCUCGGAUCGAGGGGCGCAGUUUAUUUGCGGGCGUGCCAUCGAUGGGCGACAAUAAGCCCAAGAACUUCAUGCAGCUGGCGGGACGCAUUCUGUUGGCCUUCAUGUUCAUCACCCUCAUCCGGUUCGAGCUGAGCGUGUGGCAGGUGAUCCAGGACAUUAUCGGCUCCAUUCUGAUGGUGCUCGUGGUGCUGGGCUACAAGACGAAGCUGUCGGCCCUGAUUCUGGUCGCUCUGCUCUCAAUUCUGAAUUUGUAUCACAAUGCCUGGUGGACCAUUCCGUCCUACAAGCCACUCAGGGAUUUCUUGAAAUAUGACUUUUUCCAGACACUUUCGGUUAUUGGUGGCCUGCUAAUGAUCGUCUCCUUGGGCCCUGGCGGCGUAUCCAUGGACGAGCACAAGAAGAAGUGGUAGAGAGGCGUUCGCGCAAAACCACCACGAAACACUUGGGGCAGCCAUUGACUUGAACCGUGUUUUACUCUUUCCGAGAAAUGUUAGUUAGGAUUUACCAUAAAAUGGGACAACAACAGGAGCAGCAUCAGCAGCAGCAGCACAGCAACAACAUCGGCACACCACACCUAUAAGAUCUUGACAAAUAUUUAAAUGAAAAGGGACUUGACUUUCGCAAUAACCUCCCAACCAACCCAUACCCCAAACCCAACCAUCAUUCGCGCACAUUCAACGACAAACUUCGUCUGUCUACAUUUAAGAUCGUUUUUUCUUUUUGUACAUAACGAAAAUGCAACAAGCAAAUGUGGCCCCAAACGAGAGACAUUAACUGAUAUUGACUAUCCAUUACUUGUCAGCAAGAAUCCAUAUAAUUCGCAGGUUUUUUUUACCAUAAUUUGUAUGCCCUUAUCCAUAAGUUUUAAUCUUGGUGUUUGCGUUUUGUUGUUUAAUAGGACGGUUGAAUAUGACACGAUGAAAACGAUGUAUAAAAUAUGAUGAGUGUACCAAUUGACAAUGAUUUGUUUCUUUCGUUUAUAAGCAAAAGUGUAAUAGAAUUAAAUUGUAACGUUUUAAUAAACAUAAUGAAGAAAAUUUAA